UCAAAUUAACUGUUAUGACAAUUAACCAAAUUUGAUCAAUUUUGUUCUUUGUUCACUUGCAACCCUAGUAUGUACCUCUUUCUUGGAAACUCACACCUUUCUCUAUGAAUUUCUAUUUGUUUGUCUCGUUCUCUCUCAUGCUCAUGAAUACUCACCCAGACAUCCAAAUUCACAUAAUAUCUACUGAUAGCAUAGGCCAUCGUUACAGUAUUUGAUAGUCCAAGCAUAUCAUUAACCUCGUGCCAUUUUUCGUAGCGUUGGCAUACUCAUUUAUAUCUGUAUCUGUCCCUGUAGCUUAGCCUCCAGGCAUUCGCCUUUGUCUUCUUAUGUAGUAACGUGAAUACAACGCUGGCUUUGGAAAGAAACAAGUACAUUAAGUGAAUCCUCUCCGUGACAUUUUGGCUGCUGUUUGAGAAAAAGUCAUUUGUGCUUGAGAAAUUUAUUUUUUCAAAGAGACUGUGUAAGGAGAAAUUGUUGGAGGGUUGAGGAAACAAGAAAAAAUGAGGCAGAAUCAUUAAAUAUUCGACACCGCAUACUCAAUGUGGCUCCCAUCAAUAGCAUGCCAUAUAUUGGUCCACCUCUACCACACAGCUACGUUCCUUCUUCUCCACGAGUUGAAGAUCCGGAGGCUAUAGUGAAGGUUGGACCUGCUAUGGUAUAUUGUCCUCUCACGACCAGUAAAAAAUGGGAUCAUAUUGUAUCUGCCUCCAAAACUGGGGUCUCCCUCACUGGGACUGCAGCCAUGGGACAAGUUGGUCCAGUCAUUGGACGUGUGGACAUUGGCGAGAACGAGAAUUCGUACUUCUUCCGUGUUUCUCUUCCAGGGGUGGCUAGAGAUCAAACAGACAGCUUCAGUUGUGACAUGGAGCCGGAUGGGAAUGUCAAAAUAAAAGGAGUAACAACAACAGGGGAGAGCAUAGUAUGUAAGAAUUCACAAGUAUUUCGGAUGCAAUCUAAAAAUCUAUGCCCACCAGGUCAUUUCUCUAUCACUUUCCAGCUACCGGGUCCUGUCAAUAACCUACAAUUUUCAGGUGCUUUUGGUGCUGAUGGGAUUUUAGAAGGCACUGUACCUAAAAGGUGAUAACAGGCUUAAAAUGAUUUUGGGGUGGAGGGUGUGGUAGUGGGUUAUAAUACAGAGAUGAUUUAGGCUCAUUUUGGUAUGUUGUUUAGGAAAAGGCCUUUCUGUAGAAGACAGUUAUUCAUUAAGAAACAUGGCCUAUUAGGAAGGAAGUUAGAUCAUUUUCUCUCUCACAGUUCAUAGAAGGAGAUGCUUUGAAAGGACCAGCUUAGUUUUCUCGUCCAAUCUCCCAGAAAUUCAUCACAAUGCUAUGGAAUUUGUGAUUUUGUUAAAAGAUCUGAUGUAUAGAUAACAAGCGACUAGUUCAUUUUACUAUCCAGUUUCAUGAUCUCUGGAUCUCUCUCUCCAUCUGUGACUGAAACUGUGUAACAGGUCACAUAGCUGAAAGAACCUCACUUUUGUUACAAGCAUCAAGUAAAUUUGGUUUCGUUUUUA